AUGUCUGACAUCACGGCGAUAGUAGACCCAUCCACACUGAAGACGCUGCAUAUGCUGCAGCAGCUCAAACGAGAGCGUCGACGCGUAUCCCAGCAGAAAUACAUGAAGAAGAAGGCCACGGCUGAUGCAACCCUCGAGAGAUACAUCCCGCUGCUACGUGACGAAGUGAAGAGACUGGAAGUCCAGGGAGACCGUCUCCUACGUCCGAAAAAAACUCUGUGGUUGGCAGCAGUCGAGUACUUCCGCAUCUUCGAGCACGGGCUGUCUGGUCCAGACGAGCCACACGCCAAGGACUUGGGGUUCCUGCGCGCAGUGGUGGCGCCGGAGGUGGAUUUAGGUGCGUGUACUGGUUUCGAGGCGUUGAUGACGAAUUGGCGGACGUCCACGUAG